AUGACUAAGUUUGUCGGGUGCAUUGAUUUGCACGAUGGGCAGGUGAAACAAAUCGUGGGUGGUACGCUUACUGAUUCGUCCAAAGAUAAAGUUACUACGAAUUUCGUAUCGAAAUUACCACCUUCUCAUUAUGCGAAGCUAUACCAUGAGAAUCAGGUCGAGGGAUGUCACGUUAUUAAGCUGGGUCCCAAUAACGAUGAGGCAGCAUUAGAAGCAUUGAACGAAUGUCCUAAUUUUUUACAAGUAGGUGGUGGUAUCACCCUGGAUAACUGUGGAUACUGGUUAAAGUAUGCUUCCAAGAUUAUAGUAACGUCUUUUCUUUUCGAUAAGAGUACAUAUCAGUUCCAACGUGAGAAAUUGGUGAAAUUGGCUGAAAUAUGUGGUAAGGACCGUUUAGUGGUAGAUCUCUCAUGCAAACGUGUCACGAAACCGGAUCAAGAGCCAAAGUGGGUCGUUGCUAUGAAUAAAUGGCAGACCCUUACUGAUUUGGAGCUAAACGAAAGAACUUUCGCUGAUCUUUGUCAAUAUACCGAUGAAUUCUUGGUUCAUGCAGCAGAUGUAGAGGGUCUAUGUAAUGGGAUUGAUGAAGAGCUAGUGGCUCAUUUGUACAAAUGGACUGCGGAUAUUCCAAAAGUGAAAAUCGUAUACGCAGGCGGCGCUAAGAGUGUGGAUGAUUUAAGGCUAGUAGAGAAAUUGAGUCAUGGCAAAAUUGAUUUGACCUUUGGUAGUGCUCUUGAUAUUUUUGGUGGAUCCCUUGUAAAGUUCGAGGACUGUGUCCAAUGGAACCAUGAGAAACACGCUUAG